AUAUUCUAUGCCAUAUAAUGUUAUGAAAUCAAUAUGCUGAAUCACAUGUGUAUAUGUGUGUGCAUAUCUGUAUAUACAUCUAUAUCUAUAUGCAGUUUAUGCAGCAUACUAGUUAAGGGGUUAGAAGCUAUUUUAUGUGCUGUGCUUAGCUCUCUGUGGAGCUCUGGAUUCACAUGUAUUCCUGAGGAUGCAGAGUCUAGAAAAUGGUAGCUGGUUAAUUAAUGAUCGUUGAAUAAUUAAUGAUUAAAUGAAUCUUUUCUUUUCAUGACAAGUAUAGUGGGAAGAGAGAAGAGAGGAAGGAGAGAGAGUGAAGUAUUUUAAGUUACACAAUUACUCCUCAGAUGGUUUUUUUCUUAAGUCAUCAUGGUCAGAAGGAUGGACCUUGAAGAUCUGGCCCCAAAAAUUUCACAUCCAGGUAAAUCCCAAUAUAAUUGACCAGAUCCCGGAUGGGCAGAAAUUUGUAAGCAUGAAGCCAAUUCACAUAGUCUAUAGGUCACCUAAUAUGGUUGCAUUGAAAAUGCAAUCCCCCUCUAUGUUUCUACAGAACAUUGUUAUCUUUAUCCAAGUCAUAUAUAGGCACUUUGAAUCUAAUUAAUAUUUUAAAUAAGUUUAUAUCAAAUUUGCUGUAACACUGGAUUAUUAAGUUAUUAUCAAACUUGUUGGGAUAUCUUUUUUAAUCUACAACUUUUUAUAUUUUGUUUUUGUGGUCUUAAGUUUUGAAUUUAUGUAAAAUUCAGUAAAAUGAAAAACACUUGUAGCAAUGCUAUAGGAUUGGGACCUAAGGUAUAAAGUAUUUAUAUUUCCUUUAAGGCUAUGUUUAAUUUUCAAAUUACAUGGUGUACAGUUGAAAUAGAACUUUGAUAUUAUUUUGUACUUUUCAGACAAGGUCUCUGAGCCAGAAUUCUUCAUUUCUAUUUUUAUAUUUGGUAUAUAAUUCAAGUAUUUGGUCAUUGCCUAAAAUUGCCAAAGAAAAUUUCUGUCAGGAUAGGCUCCUCUUUUCAUCUUCUGCCAGAAUUUCUGAGGUGAAUGCAUACUGGAACUUUUAGUUAAUGGACUGUGGCUUUAUUCUUUGUAUACUAUGUUCAUAAAAUCAAUGUACGACUUCACUACUGAAAAUGAAACGACAAAAUCAAAGCUCUGUGGUUGAAUUCAUUCUCUUGGGCUUUUCUAACUUUCCUGAGCUCCAGGGGCAGCUCUUUGGGGUUUUCCUGAUUAUCUACCUGGUGACCCUGAUGGGAAAUGCCAUCAUUACAGUCAUCAUCUCCCUGGACCACAGCCUCCACGUUCCCAUGUACCUGUUUCUCCUGAACUUAUCUGUGGUGGACCUGAGUUUCAGUGCAGUCAUUAUGCCUGAAAUGCUGGUGGUCCUCUCUACUGAGAAAACGAUGAUUUCUUUUGUGGGCUGUUUUGCACAGAUGUAUUUCAUCCUUCUUUUUGGCGGGACUGAAUGUUUUCUCCUGGGAGCAAUGGCUUAUGACCGAUUUGCUGCAAUUUGCCAUCCUCUCAACUACCCAAUGAUUAUGAAUAAAAGAGUUUUUAUGAAAUUAGUUGUAUUUUCAUGGGCCUUAGGUUUUAUGUUAGGUACUGUACAAACAUCAUGGGUAUCUAGUUUUCCCUUUUGUGGCCUUAAUGAAAUCAACCAUAUAUCUUGUGAAACCCCAGCAGUGUUAGAACUUGCAUGUGCAGACACGUUUUUGUUUGAAAUCUAUGCAUUCACAGGCACCUUUUUGAUUAUUUUGGUUCCUUUCUUGUUGAUCCUCUUGUCUUACAUUCGAGUCCUGUUUGCCAUCCUGAAGAUGCCCUCAACUACUGGGAGACAAAAGGCCUUUUCCACCUGUGCCUCUCACCUCACAUCUGUGACCCUGUUCUAUGGCACAGCCAGUAUGACUUAUUUACAACCCAAAUCCGGCUACUCACCAGAAACCAAGAAACUGAUGUCACUGUCAUACUCACUUCUGACACCUCUGCUGAAUCCGCUUAUCUACAGCUUGCGAAAUAGUGAGAUGAAGAGGGCUUUGAUGAAGUUAUGGCGAAGGCGAGUGGUUUUACACACGGUCUGACUGUUGAGAAGUCAUGUAAGAUUUAGUUACUGCCUGACUGUACUCAAUCUAAAUUUAAUAAAUGGUGAAAAAGUUUGCAUUUU